CACAGCAACAGCGAGCUCUACUGAAGUGGCCCCACCAUGGGGCUGGGAUCCUGUUCCGAACUGUAGCGAAACGCAGAGAAUCGAGGUAGAAGGAGAAAGGGCACAGCCAAAACUCUGGACCCAACAACGGAGCAGAGCUCCUAAUGUCCCUCCCGUUGGCGGUGGUGAUUUGCCUGUCGGCCAUCCAGCUCUGUUUGGGAGAUCAGCCCGUGGAGGAAUCCGUCACCACAAAAAAGGUGCCUCUCCUGGGUGGCUGGUAUGAAAAGAGCCCUGAAUCCACUGAGGUUCUGGAGGCGACCCAAUAUGCUGUGAAGAUGCACAACACUCAGUCCAAGACCAAGAAGAUGUUCAAGCUGGUCUCCAUCACCAGCGCUCAAGCACAGGUGACCAACAGGAUCAGCUUUAAAAUCAAUGCUGUUCUGGGAAAAACCAAGUGUCUCAAGAGCGAUAAUGCUGACCCGAACAGUUGCAGUCUUGAGAAAAAGCAUCUGAAGUGCAAGUUUGAGGUGAAGAUCAACCCCCGCAAGAACAAACAUGAGCUGCAGGACUCCAAGUGCAGGAGAAUGCUGAAUAAGGAUUCAACUAUUUAAUCGGCUAACUUUUUUGGAGUGUGGCUAUAAAACAUUAACUCCCUUAUUGCAUUUUGAUGAAAGGGGUUUAAAAUAUUUUUCAGUGCUGGAUGUGAUUUUUGGCAAACGCAACUUGUAACAAUGACACAUCACGCUCUUAAUAAAAAAAGUUUGGAAAACGUU